CAUUCUCACUGCUCUCUCUCUCUUCUCUCUCAAAGUCUCAACACACUUUUAGAGAGAGAAACACAUACAUACACCUUCUUUCUUCUUCUUCUUCAAUUGGUUUUGCUUUAAUCUUAAUCUUCUUUUUCAAGUUUCUGUUUUGUUUUUUAUCUCAACAUUAUUUUUUGUAAUGUCAACCGCCCCCGCUCCCUCCUCGCCGCCGGCGACCAACACCACCUCUCCUCCGCCGUCAACCCCCGCCACACCUUCCGCACCAGCCCCCACCACUCCUUCCGCGCCUCCUCCGGCCACUCCAUCCUCACCGCCGCCGGCCACCCCCUCUUCACCGCCUCCUCCGGCCACUCCUUCGUCUCCUCCGCCGGCAACUCCCUCCGCUCCUCCACCGGCAACUCCCUCCGCGCCUCCACCAGCCACUCCUUCCUCCUCGCCGCCGCCGCCUGCAACGCCGUCGUUAUCUCCGCCAUCGCCGCCUUCUCCGUCUAGCGGUGGCCACACUACUCCGAGUCCACCAUCUCGGAGCCCGCCCACUCCUCCGUCAAGCUCGAAUAAAGCUCCACCUCCGCCGUCGUCAAAUUCUUCUCCGUCGUCGUCGUCGAGUAUUUCGACCGGCGUCGUCGUCGGAAUCGCCGUCGGAGCCGUUGCGGUUCUUCUGGUGUUCAGCAUUCUGUGCAUUUGCUGUAGGAAGAAAAAGAGAAGACGUGAUGAGGAAUACGAUGCUCCGCCGCCGCGGGGACCCAAAGAUGAUCCAUAUGGUGGUCCUCCACGUCACUGGCAACAUAAUGCUCCCCCUCCUUCAGAUCAUGUAAUCUCAAUGAUUCCUAAGCCAUCACCUGCUCCUCAACCUGUUGCUUAUGCUGCUCCGCCUCCUCCUCCUCCUUUCAUGAGCAGCAGUGGUGGGUCUGGAUCAAACUAUUCUGGUGGUGAAAAUCCACUUCCACCUCCUUCUCCAGGCCUCUCAUUGGGCUUCUCAAAGAGCACUUUUACAUAUGAGGAGUUGGCACGCGCAACCGAUGGUUUCUCCGAUGCCAACCUCCUUGGACAAGGUGGAUUUGGAUAUGUGCAUAGAGGAAUUCUUCCCAAUGGUAAGGAGGUUGCAGUUAAGCAGCUAAAGGCUGGAAGUGGGCAAGGGGAACGCGAAUUUCAAGCUGAAGUAGAGAUCAUUAGCCGUGUUCAUCACAAACAUCUUGUUUCUUUGGUUGGAUACUGCAUCACUGGGAUCCAGAGGCUGCUUGUUUAUGAAUUUGUUCCCAACAAUACAUUGGAAUUCCAUUUACAUGGAAAAGGGAGACCUACCAUGGAUUGGUCCACAAGGCUAAGAAUUGCUUUAGGAUCUGCAAAAGGACUGGCAUAUCUUCAUGAAGAUUGUCAUCCUAAGAUCAUCCAUCGUGAUAUCAAAGCUGCUAACAUUCUUCUGGAUUUUAAGUUUGAAGCAAAGGUUGCAGAUUUUGGUCUUGCCAAGUUUACUUCUGAUGUCAAUACUCAUGUUUCUACUCGAGUGAUGGGGACUUUUGGGUAUCUGGCUCCAGAAUAUGCUUCUAGUGGAAAACUCUCAGACAAAUCAGAUGUUUUCUCCUUUGGAGUCAUGCUCCUUGAAUUAAUAACUGGACGGCGGCCAGUUGAUAAAACUCAAACUUUCAUGGAGGAUAGUUUGGUGGACUGGGCUAGGCCUUUGCUCACACGUGCUUUGGAAGAGGAUGAUUUUGACUCUCUGAUUGACCCAAGGCUCCAGAAUGAAUAUGAUCCUAAUGAGAUGCUUCGUAUGGUGGCAUGUGCUGCAGCUAGCACGCGUCAUUCAGCAAAGCGUCGACCAAGGAUGAGCCAGGUUGUUCGUGCUCUGGAAGGAGAUGUGUCUUUAGCUGAUCUUAAUGAAGGAAUCAGACCUGGACACAGCACUGUCUACAGUUCUCAUGGAAGCUCAGAUUAUGAUACAACACAAUACAAGGAAGACAUGAAAAAGUUCAGAAAAAUGGCACUGGGAACUCAGGAGUAUGGUGCCAGCAGUGAGUACAGUGCAGCUACAAGUGAGUACGGUUUAAACCCAUCUGGUUCAAGCAGUGAAGCACAGAGCCGCCAGACCACACGGGAAAUGGAAAUGAGAAUGAUGAAGAACAACAACAGUAAAGGUUUCAGUGGAAGCUCUUGAUGAACCUUGACACAUUUUAUCUUGUGUAAAUUUAUAUCCUUGAUUUGUUUCCUUUGCCACAGUUGAUUGCUUGACUGACAUGUUUGGAGUGACUUACCAAUUAUUAUUAUUACUAUUUUUUCUUC